AAUUUUGUGCUCAUGCAAUAACUCGUCUGAAUGCACACUUUUAUAUCAUAGUGACUUUGUCAGAUAAUUAGAUAAAUAAAAGGAAAUACUUGCAAGAAAUUACAAAUAAUUACUGUCAUCAUUCUUCAAACCGUUGAAAAGAUUGUAUUACCAGUAAAUAGAACUGUACAGAGCUGAAGGACUCAUGAUGGAAUUAAAGGCGCUGAUGGCUCUUGCUGUUCUCUCCUUCGCUUAUGGCGAAAUUCGGCCGGAAAAGAAGAUACUACCAUUUGCGUCCAGAACUUACAGCAGUAGAUUCUCUGGAGAUGUGAAAGAAAUAUUAAAGAUACCACCUGCUCCAAUGCCUGGCUUCAAUCUUUUACCUUGGCUCGGCCCAUGGUUUUAUCAGUAUCAUAAAGCUCCAUGCAGCUGGGCUAUGUCUGAAGAGUUCACAGACUUUACCCAUAUUAUGGAACUAGAGGGAACGAAUGUAAUACUCCAGGACACCAUGAGGAGUCGUGGUCUAUGCAAUUCAGUUACAUCAAUACUGUCUGUCACAGGCCCAGGGGAGUUCCUAGGCAAGGAUCUUGUUGGCAUUAAUUGGAGUGGUCCAUUAAUUGUAGUUGCGACGGACUAUAAAAGUUUUUCUGUUGAUUGGGGAUGCACAAAAAUGUCGGUAUUUGAUAACAGAUGUGAAGAUCCUUAUGUAUACAUUAACACUAGGCAGCGGAAACCUUCAGCAAGAGUCCUAAGACGCAUAGAAAUGGCUCUCCGUGACGUAUGGGGUAUCUCGGUAAGGCAGUUGACGAAAAUACUGCAUGGAAGGCCUUGCUCUUCUGGAAGGAAAAAGAUUGGAUGAGUACACAUAAAUUUGAAGCUUCAGAAGAACAAAUAUAGUCUUCGAUUAAAUUGUCACAAAAUAUAACAAUAAAAUGUAAAUGUAAA